AUGGCCUGGAAGCAAAUACAGACACCUUCUGGCAAGGUUAAAUGGCAGAGUAAUCAAGAUGGCACCCAGAAUGCCAUCAUUUCUGCAUCUCGAGUCAGCUCAAGUCAGCUCAAGGAAUAUCUGGACGCAAACUUUCCAGGACAGUACUCAGUACAGUUGAAGCGGGAUAAGUUCAAAAUCACAGUCGGCCAUACGCCCCUUAGCCGCAUCGUGAGUUUUAAUACCGUGAAAGGCGGCACCGACGAAAUCUAA